AUGAGUGUUCAUAGGAAAAUAUUAGAAAAGAGUGGCAGAUUGGAUUCCCUGUAAUAAUAAUAAUAACCAGAGCCCUAUGCUUAAGAGCUUGGAAAAUAAACAAUAGAAAAAUAGGAUUCUGAAGUUCUCAAAAAUCUAGAUGCUUAUUAACAAUACAAUUCAAUUAAUAACAUAAGGAUUACAUCUAGAGUGUUUCCAAGAACUAAAUAAUUGUAUAUGGAAGCCAAAAUUCCAUUUGCUGUGAUUAUUCAACCUUAUGGCUUAUCCACAAAAUAAGGAUUCCCAACUGUAAAUUAUGGGAGCAAUCCAAUUUUGAGAUGUUAGAAUUGUAAAGCUUACAUUAAUCCUUUUAUGGAGUAAUUGAAAGAUGAGGAUUAUUUAAGAUGUAACAUUUGUACAUGUAUAAUAAAAAUACCAAAAAACUUCAUUAAACCUGAAGAUUUAGAGAAGAGACCUGAUUUGACUAAUGGAUCAUAUGAUAUCAGAGCAGGAUAAGAAUAUUAAAUGAGACCACCAAUGGCACCUGCAUAUUUUUUUAUGAUUGACGUGUCAUAUAAGAGUCAAGAAGUUCUAGGUAUUAUGGGAUAGAUCAUUAAGGAUAUGAUUUUGGAAGAUAAAUUUAAUUAAAGAACAUUGUUUGGAUUCAUUACAUUUGACACUUGUAUACAUUUGUACAAUUUCAAUUCUAAAUUAAAAUAAGUAUAAAUGUAUGUGUUAACAGAUGACAAUGAAAUACCAACACCAGACGAUUAUUUGUUUAAUUUGUAAGAUUCUAAAGAUAUUAUUGUGGCCUUUCUUAAUCAAUUAGAUAAUCUCUUUCCUAAACCAUAAUUAAAGAGUACUUAAUUUAUUCAAGCAUUUAAUUUGGCCUCAAAGAUUAUGUAAGAUAAUGGUGGCAAAUUGAUUAUUUUAUCAUCUUCACCAAUCAAAGAAUUGAAUAAUACUGAGAAUUCUAAAUCUCCUUAGUAUCACUUUUAACCUACUAAUAAUUUAUUAAAAUAAAUUACUGAAAAAAUGCAUUUGAACUAUAUUUGUCCUUCAAUCUUUAUUAUUCCUUGUGGAUUCAAUAAUAUUGGUACACUAAAUUAAUUAGUCAAAUUUUUGAAUGGUGAUAUCUUUUUUUAUGAUGAUCCUACUAUUUAUAGUAAAUAUUUAUAUUAUUUUAAGCUCAAAAAUUUUAUUAUGAUUUUCGUGCAAUCUUAGAUAGAGAUUAUACUUGGGAAUCAGUUUUCAGAAUUCGAUCAUCAAUUGGAUGGAAAAUCAAAAGUGUCUAUGGUAAUUAUUCAAUAAAAAAUGCAGAUCUACUUAAUGUUAAUUGUACAGAAGAGUAAGUAUAUAUAAUAUAUAUAAUAGUCAAAAGGUAUUAAUGUAUGAAUUAGAAUUGAAUUAACCUAGAGCUCCUUAUGAUAAUUUAUAUAUAUAAACUGCAUUACUUUAUACUUCAACCUAAGGAGAAAGAAGAAUACGUGUUCAUAAUUUUUGUAUACCAAUUAGUAAUUCAAUAAAAACAAUCUACUCUCAAAUUGAUUAAUCAUGUUUAGCAAUCUCAUUGUUUAAAAUAGCUCUAUCUUAAUUAAAUAUUGCCAAAGAUGUUAAAGAUUGUAUUCAAACCAAAGAUUUCUUAAUUACUGCAACUAGAUCAAUAUCUAAUAAUUGUAAGAUUUUCAAAGAACCACUUGAUUCAUUGCAUUCUUAUAUGUUAGGAAUCAUGAAAUCUUAAAUACUCAACUAUGCUUAUGAUCAAUAAUCAGUUCUAACAGAUUAUAUGAAUUACUUAAGAUCAAUUUUUCAAUAUUUAAAUGUUGAUGAAUUGGUUACAUACAUUGUACCAUAAUUAUACAAUAUUUCCAAUUUGUAAGAAUAGGAUUGCAUAUAUGAUGACAGUGGGUAUUUCAUAUAUCCAUAACCAAUAUCUUUGGUUUUGGAGGAAGUUUCGAAUGGAGGAUUAUUGCUUAUGGAUUGUGGUUAUUGUUUGAUAUUGUUUAUAUGCAAGUAUUGAAUCUUUAAUAAUAACUAGAAUACAUGAUGAAAAUCAAAUGGCUGAUAUUUUUGGGAAAUAAUAUCUUAGUGUUAAUUUAAUAGAAGACAAUCUCUAUUCCAAUUCUAAAAGCCCUAUAAAUGAUAAACUACAUUAUUUAAUUACUGAAUUGAGAAAGUAAAUAUACAAUUUUUAUUAUUAUUAUUAGCAAUAAGUAUACUAAAUAUGCACCAUUGUAUAUAGUAAAAUAAGGAUGUAAGAGUUAUUGGGAAGAGGUUUUCUUUCAAAACUUAAUUUAUGAUGAUUUUAAUAAGAAUUAUAGAAUGGGAUAUAAUCAAUUUGUACAAUAUAUUGGUUGA